CAAUACAAAAAGCUUAUAUCUCCCCUCUCUCUUUCUCUGUCUGUGGGUGGCUCUUCUUUUACCUUUGGGUUUAGUGGUGGGGGUUUACUCUGUAAAACAUUUUGCAACAUAUAAAUAUAAAUAAAUAAGAGCAAUCAGGUUUUAUAUAUAAUAGCAAAAGAAAUGCAACAGCACCUGAUGCAGAUGCAGCCCAUGAUGGCUGGUUACUACCCCAGCAAUGUCACCUCUGAUCAUAUCCAGCAGUACUUGGACGAGAACAAAUCGUUGAUUCUGAAGAUAGUUGAGUCUCAAAACUCGGGAAAGCUCAGCGAGUGUGCCGAGAACCAGGCAAGGCUUCAACGCAACUUAAUGUACUUAGCUGCUAUUGCAGAUUCUCAGCCUCAACCUCCAAGCGUGCUUAGCCAGUUUGGAUCUGCUGAUGGUGGGUUGAUUCAGGGAGAAGGAGGGUCACACUAUUUGCAGCAGCAGCAACAGGCAACUCAGAUGUCUCGGCAGUCUUUAAUGGCGGCUCGAUCUUCCAUGCUGUAUGCUCAGCAGCAACAGCCUUAUGCAUCUCUUCAGCAUCAGCAGUUGCACCAUAGCCAGCUAGGGAUGAGCUCAAGCACCGGAGGAGGAAGCAGCGGUUUUCAUAUCCUUCAGGGAGAGGCUGGUGGUGGGUUUAAUGAAUUUGGCCGUGGGAAGCCGGAAAUGGGAAGUGGUGACGGCAGAGGAGGAAGCUCCGGGGAUGGUGGAGAAACCCUUUACUUGAAAUCAUCAGAUGAUGGGAACUGAAAGAUUGUGAAGUUAGUGUGUGUUUUGGCUAAGUUGCUUGUUGAAGAAGCAAAGAACUCUUAUCUACUGUGGUUUUUAAUUUUCUCAAUGUUUGUGCCCUAAAAAGUGAACUCUUCGUGGUAGUGUACCGUGUAAAUCUGCUCGCUCUAAGUUGUGUUCGUAAUCUAGUAUGUUUUUCUCAAAAAAAAAACAAACUCAUUGGUA